AGCAUGUAGAGGAAGAUUAUUAGCAAAUAAUUAUCAUGAACGGCUGGUUUUUCACAUUAAAUGUAAGAACAUGGCGACUUCGUGUGCCCGUACCUGACGCUUGGCCUCUCUUGGCCCUUUGUUGAUCGAUCGCGCUCAAUAUGCACGCCUUCAUUUACAUCCGGCUGAACCAUAAAAUCGGACAUGGGAACGUCAACUUUGAGAAAAGCUGUACUCUCCGCUCCGUAAUAUGGUAACUGAAAAUGAAGACCCGAGCCGGUUCGUUUCCUGGAUUCCUCUGCACCGUGGGCCUUCUCGUACCACGCGUUGCGUCUCAUAGCCAUAUUUCUGCUGCUAUUGGUCAAUGUUCAUUAAACCUCCCGGCAGCAUUACAAUCUCAGGCGCAGUUAGGAUGUCCACAUCUAGUUGACGAGAAGACUACCGAUAGACCCGUUGAAUGGUCGCCAUGGACACACCCGCCAGAGUGCGUGCACUCGAUAAAGUCGCCAGGGGCGUCAUACUGCGUUUACUCCAAUUCGCAGCACGGGAACGGGGGUGUAAGCAUAAUCACAAGGCCAGAAACUGCAGCAAGCACUCUUGAAAUCCUGAACGACUCCGGGUACACUCAUCUCAAACACUUCGUCAACAAUAGCGCUGGACCAGCGUACAAAGUUGCCGACAUCCCCGGGAAGGGAAAGGGGGUCGUUGCGACUCGCCAUAUCAAGCGCGCCGAAGCAAUUAUGGCGGAUUGGGCUGCAUUAGUAGUAGACAUGGACCUCCCAACUUCGCUAUUGCGGACCGAAGGGUAUAAACUAUUUCAUCGAGCUGUAGAUCAGCUAGCAGAUCCGGAUCGCGUACUUCAGCUGGCUCGUAGCAGCGCGUUCUCAGGCGAUAUCGUAGAGGAUAUUCUGAGGACAAACUCAUUUUCUUACACGCUGGCGGAUUAUUCUCAUAUGACAUUAUACCCGGACGUUUCUAGAGUCAAUCAUGCAUGCCGCCCAAAUUCUUUUAUAAGGUUUACACCUUCAAGUUUGGCUGUAAGUGUCGUGGCUUUAAGAGAUAUCGAGCCUGGAGAAGAAAUCACCAUUACCUACGUACCCUUAGGAAAGGCAAAGGAAGAAAGAAAGACGGCACUGAAGAAAUGGGGAUUUGAGUGUACAUGCUCACUUUGCACCGCAUCCAAAACCGAGAUCGCCGUAUCCGACUACCGCAGAGAGAAGAUCAAGGAGCUGCGCAAAGAGGUCAUGAACGCCGUCGGGUUGUGGGACGGGACCAGGGCUGUCAAGCUCACGCACGAAGUCUUAGAACUUAUGAAGGCAGAGGACCUUGCGCCGCUUUACUCCAGCCAGUAUGAGAUUAUGGCGCGGCUGUACUGGAAGGCGGGGGAUAAGACGACAGCGACCAAAUACGCGCAGAUGUCUUUAGACACGUUGGUGGACCAGGGAUAUCUCGAGGAUACCCCGGAUGCAUUGCCCAUAUUAUUGCAGACUUUUGAUUAGACUGGUAGAGUAUAUCUCGCUCCUCAGUUUAGAUAAGUUGUGUUGGGAUUCCUUUUCGAGGAGUAAGGGGGGGGAUCUCAUACAUAUUGUCUCGGCCUUCUAUGUAUUUAAUAGACCAACUAUAUAUAAAUAUAUAUAUAACUUAGGACUAUACUUGGCA